GCAGCGCGGGAAAAGAAAGCCGCGCGGAGGAGAAUGGAGCGGGAGGUUCUGCAGCGCUGGGCGGCCAAGUUGGGGGUCUCCACGCCCGGAGUUAUCAGAAAAGCAGAGGAAUACCUCCGACUUUCUCAAGUGAAGUGUGGCCCCCUGCUAGCCCAGAUGAGCCCCACAAGCAGUGCCAUCAUCUGCCUGGACUUGGCUGCUACCUUCACAAGAAAUCCAGUGGACAAAGGUUAUUUUGUGAAACUCUCCGGCUUGAACAGAGCCACUUACCAGCGCUACCUGAGAUCCUUUGAAAGCCUCCUUGCUCUGCAAUCAAACGUUGGCAUCAGAGAGGUGGCAGUUCAGUUCUCCUGCUUGGAAGCUGAAAAGCUGGCAUCCAAAAUCCUGCAGAGGUACGAAUCCAGCCUGCCAGAAAUUCAACAGGUGGCUCUCGAUUUGUCGAAACCCUUGUUCACCACUGUGGCAUUGUUUACUGCUUGCAGAACCUUGAAGCUUAAAGUGGAUAAAACAAAAAUGGUGUUCGUAUCGGGGGUUAAGAAAACCAUCUUCGACCGUCUCCACGCCCAGUUAGAGAUGAUUAGCCAACAAAUCAACCGAGAAGGUGAUUCAUUGUCAAUGAAGCUUGAAGAACCUCAAAAAUCCUUCCUGGAAGAUCUUGCAAAGGAAGAAGUUCUGGAAGCAAAAGUCUCCCGCAAGCGUCCCAAAAAUGAAAUUGAGCCUAAGGAAGAUUAUGAAGAAUGGAAACGACGAAUCUUAGAAAAUGCUGCAAAAUCGCAAAGCAACAGUGUGUGAGUGGAGUUGUUCCUCCAGUGAGCGCAAACGUCAGGCUGGUCUGUUGGCCAUUGUCUGGAGAACUAAUCUGUUGGGAGAGGGAGGAACCACCACCACCACCCCGAAAACUUGAAUUCCUUGAUAAGGCCACCUUGAGGCCUAGAUUGACCUGCUUUUAAAUGUGUUCAGCUCAUUAAUAACUUCAGCAAAAUGUGAGUCGUGUUUUGGGGUUGAUACAACUAUACCUCCGAUAAUUUUGUGAUUUGGCUCUGAUUUUGGGCAGCAAGAUAUUUCCACGUCAGUUAUAGCACACGCUUAAUGCAGCAGUAAAAUAAAAUCUAACACCUUUAUAAGCUGCAUAAAUUAAGAAUAUAUGUUAAUCUAAGAUGCCUGCUUUUUAUCUCCCUUUGUGUAAUUAAUGGGAAUGACAUAAUCAACCAUUAAGGUCCCAUUAACUCUUUAAGAUUGGUCCCUUUAAUUAUUUAAUUUUGUAACCAUAACCAGUGUUAAUUCCU